AUGCGUGGGGAUGUGAGCGGAAGCAGCAUGGCGGCGUCGACUAUGGGUAAGGCCGAGACGCAGUACGAGUACGCGAAGACGUCGGUGUGGUGGGACAUAGAGAACUGCCAGGUCCCCAAGGUCUGCGACACUCACGCCAUCGCCCAGAACAUUAGUUCUGCUCUCGUCAAGAUGAAUUACUGUGGGCCCGUCUCCAUCUCCGCCUACGGCGACACCAAUCGCAUCCCUGCUUCUGUUCAGCACGCGCUCUCCAGCACCGGCAUCGCCCUCAACCACGUCCCCGCUGGUGUGAAAGAUGCAAGUGACAAGAAGAUUCUAGUUGAUAUGCUGUUCUGGGCAGUAGAUAACCCUGCUCCAGCCAACUACCUGCUUAUUUCUGGAGACAGGGAUUUCUCCAAUGCUCUACACCAGUUGCGCAUGAGAAGAUAUAAUAUCCUUCUGGCACAACCACAAAAAGCUUCCGCACCCCUCAUAGCUGCAGCAAAGAGUGUAUGGCUUUGGACAAGCCUCUCAGCUGGAGGGCCCCCACUUUCAAGUGGGGAGUCAUCUCAGCUUGCGAAUGGUAACCAUUCUUAUAACCCUGAAAUGCCGCAGUACUCGAUGCCUGAAGCGUUCCAGAUAAACCCGCCGCCAGUUUAUUAUGAACAGCCUUCUAUGGGAAAUCAAAAGAAUUCUACCAAUGGAAGGGUUGGUGAUAGUAAAAAUAAAGGGAAAUCAAAUCGGAAAAACCCAAAUCAACCCAACAUAUCAAGAGCCUCAAGUGUGCCAGUUGGGAACCAAGACGACAAGAAUAAUGAUUACCCUUACCAACCAGAACAUACACAUGCAAAGCAGUUUAAGAAAGCUCCACACGAAUUCUUUGGUGUUAGUGAGAAUCUAGUCUCCAGUAAUAGGUCUACUCCCAAUUUCUUCCCUGGAAAUUCUGAUCCUUCAGGCGGUAAUGGCAAUAAUUUCCUAGGUCAGCAAAACCAAUAUCCUCCUCCUCCGAGGCCGAACAACUUCCACGUGCAACCUAAUGUUGGACUGGAUAAUAUGUUCCCUCCUAAUUCUCAAAGUCAUGGUUUUCGACCUAUUCCUCCCAGACCUGAUGGCCUUAGAUUUUCUUCAGCCCCACCUACGAAUAUGCCUGAUAUGAGUAAGCUAAAUGUCUCCGAGUACAGCAAUUAUGCUCAAAAUUCGCAAAGGUUCCCCCAUCGAAAUGGAGACGAGUUUAGCAGACCCAGGUCUAGCGAGUCACUAAAUUCAGCUAGCCCAUAUGCACCUCAUAAGGGCCAUAAUUUGCAGAGUGGCCAGGGGUUUCAUCAUGAUUCUAUGAACAACAGGUAUCCUCGGGGUUCUGAUUAUCUGUCCUCUCAAUCCUCCCCUGCUGUUGCAAACAACAUUCCUAGUAAUGGCAUUUGGGGAACUCAAGGCUGCACACCAUCUGAAUAUGUUCAAGGCCUUAUUGGCGUUAUUUUACUAGCCCUAAACACCUUGAAAGUUGAAAAAAUUAUGCCUACUGAAGCAAACAUAACCGAUUGCAUUCGUUAUGGUGAUCUGAAACACCGCAAUACCGAUGUAAGGAAGGCCUUGGAUUACGCAAUAGAGCAACAUAUGGUAGUGAAGCAGAGCCUUGGUGCACUUCAGUUGUAUGUUGGUAAAAAUGAGCAAUUAUGGAAGUGUGUGAACCCUAUAGGUGGUAAUCUUAAUCAUUACUCUAAAGCCACAUGGGAUCAGAUACAGAACUUUCUGAGUUCCUCAGAUGGACGAUCAGCAAUAAUGGCUUCUCAAUGCAGAUAUGAAGCAGCAAUGAUUUUGAGAAAGGCAUGCUCAGAAGGGCUUGCUUUGGGCAAUGUACUUCAGAUCUUGAAUAUGAUAGUCAGCAUGAAGAAAUGGAUCACUCAUCAUCCGUCAGGAUGGCAACCGAUUUCUAUUACCCUCGAAGAGACUAAAGCGGAAAUGGGUGCUGAACCUGGUACUUGA